CCCAAUGAUUAGUUCGGACGUGAUUGUUGUGCCAGAGUAUCGUGAAGCGUGACAAACGUCAAAAGCGGUGGUCCGGGUUGUCGAGAACACGGCGUUUCAGCUGAGAAUUCGUGCUCAGUGCAAGUGCAGCGUACAUCCGGUCCUUAGGGUAACCUAUUGCCCGUUGCAAAAAUUGACGAUUUGAAUAAACAUCAAUCGUUCUGUGGUGUUGCCAAGGACCUUUCAAAAAAAUUUCUUGUGUUGAUCCCUUAUUCUGAAACUUGGCGAGUUGAGUGAAACUAAAGAUUUGGCUUUUUAAUGUCGGUUGCGCUCUAAAAUCCGUUUCGAUAGUUUCUGUAAAGAGGUGAGAAAUAGUAAAGUGAUUGUGCAUUUUCGUGAUAAAUACCGUUGGUAGGAGGGAGUUAAUAUUGGAAGAAGACAGUUCCGUUCCUUUGGGAAACCACAUGCAGUAGAAUUCUUACUUUCGUCCAAGAAGAGAAAACCCUAUUUGGCGGAAUCAGGCUCAACGUGCAGACGACGAGUGCAGACAUAACACGAUUAACGUCUGAGAUUGACUCCCACCUCCUGCAUAAAAUCAAUUACAACGCGACACCUCGACAUCCACCAAUCCAUCAUCAUCUCCGAGUGAUUGACAAUCAGAGUGGCAGCCGUAUCUUUUGAGCGAUAAAUCCUUUUAAGAUCUAGUUGAAGUUCGCAUUUCCAAAUAUUGCUCUCAAACACCGCCGUCCCUCCGUCGUUUCCGCACGCAGGUCAAGUUAAUCUAAUCGAUCGCGCGAUAUACCUCAAUAAAACUGGAAGAUAGCUCGCCCACUUUGGACUUAUCCAAGCGUGGCUGCAAAAGUAGAAGUGACGGCGAACCAAAUCAACCAGAGUCGGGGAGCUGCAAAGGAAAGUAGGCACGCAUAGAGGCUCUCGAUUCGCAAUAGUGUGCAAUUUAAGAAGACAAAUUGCAUACAAGUCGCACAUUCCAGUUUCACGUUACACUCGUGCGAACGAGGACAGACCACUGAGACUGUCCGGCUGUGCGUCUGGGGCUUCCAAGUGGCUAGUCGCGAACACGCAAGAACGGUUUUUGUAGUGUGCGAAACCACACAACUUUAGAUACUUCACACCUUGCCACCGGCGCCGUUGCGCUUUCGCACAGGUGUUGAUUGAGCUCUCGGUCUCGAGCCCCAUAAAAUACGCUUCGUUAGUGGACUUCAUUAGAAAACCAUCGAUGCCCGAUAAGCAGCUACAAUGUUUCGAAUAGCCACUCGUAGCAACACUCCUAGAUAAUUUCAUCCCGGCUAAGGUACCUUCGAGUGCAUCUCAUUUGAAUUUCCCGCGCUAUCUUAAGUAGCUGGCUGAGUGUAGCCUCCCCAGUAGUGCAAGGAGCUCUAUAGUAUUUGGUGUCGUGCUCUCGCGUACGAGUAUCAAUCGAUUGCGUGCAUGACAGACUGCUCGUCGUCAGAUUUGGAAUCGGACUAUCUACCCUACAAAAACGUCAAGCUGGCGGCUACCGUAGCAAUGAAUACCCCAUACCAUCCGUAUGCGGAUAUAUCGCCCUCACAUCCGCCCCCCAGUCCGGACAACAACAAUUACCCGCCACUAUCGGCGGGCUACCACAACGGACACUCGGGCGUUCACACACCCCAGCUGGGGUCAAUAGAUGACAUGUCACCUGCUGAAUACCAUCAUCACCACCAUCAUCAUCACCAUCAACAGCUCAACAACAACAACAAUAGUCCAAUUAAGCAUUGUGCCGGAUGCGGAGAAAAAAUAGCAGAUCGUUACUUAUUACACGCUUUAGAUAGAUAUUGGCAUAAUUCGUGUCUUAAGUGCCAUUGUUGUGGUGCGAUGCUUGCAGAUAUGGGAAGCAGCUGUUAUACAAGACGUGGACUGAUUCUAUGCAAAAAGGAUUAUUCGAGUAUGUUCGGAUGUUCCGGUACAUGUUCAGGUUGUGGUCAAACAAUUCCUCCCAACGAGCUGGUGGCGAAAGCAAUAUCACCAUUGAAUCAACAGACAACGAAUCUAGACAACCAAAAGAAUAGUCCAAGCAAUUUAUACGUAUUUCAUUUAAAAUGUUUCUCCUGCACAAAAUGCGGCUCACACUUAAGAACUGGAGAUAGAUACACAAUGCUUGCCGGUAGUCUAGUAUGCGAACAAGAUUGGCAUAAAAUCAUCAAGAACACAACCGCGACCAACGGUGCAAACCCACCCGUACGAAAAGGCAAAGUGGGACGACCUCGAAGGACUAAAGAGUGAAAAUUGGCCGUGGAUCCUAUCCACAAACAGAGCCAGGACUCGUAGACUUUUUACCGAAGCGACAUUUACGCCAAGAGGAGAAUUACUAUUACUUUCUAGUCGUUGACUCCGGUUGACCACUACCCCCCACAGCCACACAAGCGAAUUGAAGAGUUUAUUAAGGAGAUUCCACUUUAUGCCUGCAGCAUUUCAUUUGGGGGCUACUAGGGCCUCUUCAAAUUUAUCGGAAAAUAAAACUCUCAUAAAUUAGAAUGGAUAAUAUGCUGAUCACAGAAGUGGGUUUCUGCUGAAAUUCACAUUAAAUUAAAAAGCCAUACCUUGGACUGGUCACAAAUCUCUCGGCAGAAAUCUCAUUCAAGGACCUUUACAGUGGCUCAGAGCACUGGAGCCCACUUGAGCAGAAAAUUGUAAUCUCCUUAAUAUACAUGUUGAUUGUUAUACUUUAUUUCGGAAGAAUCGCCUCCAGAUAAGCGAACAUACCUACCUAUGUGCGUCCCCUCCACCUUUCCAUGCAGGGACGUGCGUAAGCAACUACAGAACCUUACCUUGAACAAUUCAAGAUCAAUCAACGAAUCCAUUUUUUCUAAUGCGAAAAAAGAUACACAAAUGAAUACUACAAAAGUGAUAUUGAUACAUUUAAAAGAAAAACAAGUAAAAGUGAGUAAAAUGUUAAAGAAAUAAAACGGACACGCAUAGAUACUGCUAACGAUUAUGUACUUUCUUUCGAUGUGAUGGAUUUCUCUUGCUUCAAUGGUAGUUUCUAGGGAAAUUGAAAAAUGGAGAGACCAUUACGUGUUUUUUGUAAAUAUUUGUAAAUAUUAAUUGAACAAAACAAUGCUUAAGUGUUAAGAAAUCUUAUUAUGUAAGUUUUAAGGCUAAUUGUCGAGAAAUAAAGAAAAAAACAUAAUUAAAAUGAGAA